AUGGGUGACUUUCAUGUAAUCGGUGAUUUUCAGCAAACACGGGUGACUGUCCAUGUACUGUCCGACGGUUUGCAUGUCAGGCCGUCUGAAACCAAAUCGAGCUAUUCUAACCCCACAAACGACGCAACUUACCAUUACGUUGAUCCAAUCCCAUUAUUGUCGUUUCUCUUUCAACGCCUCAUCUGACGUGGAAGACGUUUCCUCAAAUAUCUGGAAAUCGGAAUCAAAUAAGAACGUCUGGCUUUUCUUUCUUCUUUUACAG